CAGAAGUUAGACCAAUAGAAGGCAGAUUUACAGAAGUUAGACCAAAAGAAGGCCGAUCUACACAAAGUAGACCAACAGAAAGCCCCUAUAUAGGAGGUAAUCAAACGGCAGUCCAAUCAACAGAAGGUGGACCAAUAGAAGGCCGAUCCGUGGAGAGUAGACCAAUAGAAGGCCGAUCUGUGGAGAGUAGACCAAUAGAAGGCCGAUCUGUGGAGAGUAGACCAAUAGAAGGCCGAUCUGUGGAGAGUAGACAAAUAGAAGGCCGAUUUACAGAAAUUGGACUAACGAAAGGCCGAUCUCUAGAAAGUGGAUACAGUUCCGGCUUGAGGGACUAUAAGCCGGACAGACGACCGGAGCUGUUGCCGGCAGACAGAGGGGAGAGCCUAAUGGAGAGCGGAAGUGCCGGCAUGGAUGGCUUGUGGGAUGAGCGGUCAGCUGGAGGUCAGUGUGGCAAGCCGCGGUGCUCGGCCAAUGCACGAGAGCGUGACCGUACACAUAGCGUCAACACGGCCUUCGUCACGCUAAGAACUUUAAUCCCUACAGAGCCUGCUGACCGGAAGCUGUCCAAGAUCGAGACCUUACGUCUGGCGGCCAGCUACAUCGCCCACCUGAGCACGGUGUUGAUGGUGGGCGCCGAGUGCUCUGAGCAGCCCUGCAUCAAGCACCAGGCCAUGAUCCGCGGGCACGAGAUGCCCAAACCUGUCUGCACCUUCUGCCUCAGUGCUGCCAGGCAUAAACCGAUCCGCCCGGAGAGCUGCAUGUUCAAGGACGUUCGGCAUGCCAUGCCAAUCAGCAUACGACGGUGACGUCAUCAGCCUUCCUGUCAAAACGUCAUGCGUGCUAGUUUUGGCAUUUGACAUCAGGUAGUGUCAUAUAGAUGACCUCGGUGAUGACGUAUUUCCUCUACAUGGCCUCAAAUGACGGGCCAACAGCAGACGUGAAAAUCUGGCACCCACUGGUUGGCCAUUGACGCACUGGACGGCCAUUGGCCAUCGCCCUGUUUUUUCACAGUCUACAACUUUUGUCGAAUAUUUCCAGAACCUUCUUAGCCUCAGUCCUACCGCGUCAAGGUUACAUCAUUGGGUUUACAUCUUCAAAGUUACAGCUUCAAGUCAACCUACAGCUUCAAGUCAACCUACAGCUUCAAGUCAACCUACAGCUUUAAGUCAACCUACAGCUUCCAGUCAACCUACAGCUUUAA